AUGGCAGAAGCGACAACGCCUACACCCUUUGAGGGCGAAACGGCCAUCAACAGUCAAUCCGGUUAUGCGCGUGAGCUUCUUACGAAAGUCGUUGGUAGUACUCCGUCUAUUGGCCAGAACAAAGAGAUCAGAUCAGCACUGAAUGCGCUGGGUGAGCUAGUCACGCGCCAAGGGCAUGUCAAUAUACCUACAACUUCUACCACCCACUCUCUGAUCAACCGUUCGCUUUCGGAGGUUGAUGCAGGCAAGCUUGAAAGACCACCUUGGCCUGUAGUCAAAGAGAUGCUUGAAAGGGCUACGAAAUAUCCUACGAUGGCUUUUGCAGUUAUAUUCCCGUUUUUCAAGAUGCGCAACUUGUUUGAAAUCUUCGAAGAGGGAUACGAAGAUCCGGGACAUUGCGACGCGCCCCGUCGAAUCCUGGCAUAUGGAGUAGGAUACAACCUAUUUACCGUUUUCUCGACGAUGCCCUGGUCCGGGGCUUUGGAUACAAGCAAUUUGCGUAGAUACGCAGUGAUGUGUAAAUACCACAUGGAGGUGGCUGUCAGCCAGCUUGAUGUCUUCAUACCAGCUAGCUAUGAAAAUGUUAUGGCACUUGUUCUCGGUGCUGCUUGCGCCAUCGAGAUGUGCAAGCCAUCACUUGCGUGGGUCCUGACCACCAUGGCCGCUGGUACGAGCCAGAUCAUGGGUUACCACCGGUACCAGACCUUCCAGAAUGACAAAGAAGAGGAACGGAACUCUAAAAUCCACCUCUUUUGGAUGAUAUACAUGUUCGACAAGCAGCUCUCGUUGCGUUUAGGUCGUGCGAGUGUUAUUCAGGAUUGGGACAUGUCUUUGCCCUUGAUUACUUCGACACCUACUCCAGCAGCGAUGGCUUUGGGAGCCAACCAGAUGAUUACCUACUGGAUCAAGGUUGCCAAAGUCCAAGGACAGACGUACGAAAAACUCUUCAGUCCUGCUGCUUUCCUCACAUCGCCAGAAGCACGCACGCGCACGGCCAUCGAUCUUGUCAAUGCCAUGAAUCAGGCGUGGUACGAACGCGGAGAAGCCAGCGCUAUGGACGUUUCACCUCUCACUAUCGGUGAAGAUUUGUCGAAGAGGAGAAAAAUAGCGCUGGCAAGCCCUAACGACACAGAGGUCCCAUCAAAGCGUAAGCGUUUAGGGCAGCCACCUUUUGGAGCUUCACUUCCGCCAGACGAAUAUAUCCAGGGUAUGAUCGACCUUGAUUCACGAGGAUGCUAAGUUAACCUCCUUAGGUUCGUUUGAGCAGGUAGAAGACGUGUUCUUCCACGCCGACGUGGUCGUGCAUUAUUCAACGUGUGCUCUCAUUCAGCGCGCCGUGAGCUCUGAUAAUGUCACCUUCAGCCAAGAAUGCUUGGAGUAUUCACGAGCUGCACUUGUCGCGCAUCAGAGAUGCAAUGCUCAGUUCAAUAUAAAAGGGAACGAAAAGCUUUGGUCGGGCUAUAUUCAUUGGUCUGUUCUCCAGGUAUGCAAACUUGUGGUAGGGUAUCUACAUACACAGUGGCUAAUGUUCAUGACAGGCGCCUUUCACACCGUACGACAUGCUCAUCUCUAGAAUUGUUGACUUUGCUAACCCGUCUUUAGCUUCAUCGUUGUCUUCUGUAAUGCAAUCCAGCAGCCUGACCCCGUUGAUCUUGACACGCUCUCACAGUUUGUUGCUAGCCUUGAAUCGUGCCGGACAGAUUCCGAAGGCGCGGACAAACUCUACAAGAUGUGUCAUCUCUUCCUUCAAGUGGCCAAGCUAUACAUUCAAGCCAAGAAAAGCGAUUCUAGAAGUCAAGCACAGAGCGUGUCCCAACCGACUUCCAACAGCUUCUACACCACAGCGGACGGAGCCCGAAUUGAUCCCAGCACCAUGACACAAUUCGAUCCUUACUUGAGCGCUCUAGGUCUCGUACCUAAUUCGGCUUGGCCGAUGACUGGAUAUGCGCCUGCAGUUCCAACAGCCAUGGAUUCUUUCGCAAACAUGCAAAACUCAGCGAGUCCGCAAGGACCAGAAGCUUUUGGCGUGGGAUACACGUCCAUCGGGGCACCCCAGAACUCGAUCCAAGACUGGUUCUCGGGAUCGAGAUACUUGAUGAAUCUCAUGGAAGCUGGCGACGACAUGCAAAUGCCAGAUCCAAACGACUUCGAUGUUCAGUUGUGA